AUGUCUGCGCAAGCGACGUGCGUGAAGCAGGAGCCGACGGGUGACCUAGACCAAGAAGACUUGCCGCCAUCGCUGUUCGCGGACGAAGUGCACAUUAAAGAGAAUACAGAGCUCAAAAUCAAAGAAGCACAAGUAAAUGAGGAUCUGUCAUGUGGGGAAAGUCAAAGCCCCUGCGUGAGUGAGGCAGACAUGGUGUCCGACCUGUUCUUGGGCAUGGAGGACGAGCCCGUACUGGAACCAAAGCAUGUGAAGGCGCAGGAAACGGCUUACAAACUUCAUGGGGCAGCCGUAAAGCAAGAACGGCAUGAGCUAAAGAACUGCUAUGUAAGGCUCGAGCGCAUUGAUAAACUACUCAUUCACAUGUGUCCCAACACAAUGGGCCAUAACACCGUUUCCUCAACGUGUGUUAACAAGGGAAGUGACAUAAAAACUGAAACACAGGCCGACAGUUCUGGUUCCAACCACGCUGUCGCGAUGAAGCAGGAAUGCCUAAAGCUAAAGGACUGCUGCGUGAAGCUCGAACGCCUCCAACACCACGAGGCGCUGCUCAGAUACAACAUGAGACCUGCUGUGCUCCACCAACAAGCAAGGCGCGCUGUGUCUGGACCCUCAGCGUCACAACACGAAAUAAGCCCUAAUAAAAAUAACCCAGAGAUGAAGAUGUAUGCGUGUAACGAUUGUGACAAAACGUUUCAACGAAAAUUUAACUUGAUACGUCAUAUUCAAAGCAACAUUUGUAAAACGGAGAGACCAUACGCUUGUCAUACGUGCGGGAAAAAAUUUAAACAAAAAAAACAUCUGCAAACACAUGCAUUUAUUCACACUAGCGAGAAACCUUACGCUUGUAACACGUGCGGGAAAAAAUUUAAACAAAAAAGCAAUUUGAAUAAACAUAAAUUUAUUCACACUGGCGCAAAACCAUACGCAUGUGAUACGUGCGGAAAAAAAUAUAAACAGAAAAGCUAUUUGGAAAUACACGCAUUUAUUCACACUGGUGCAAAGCCGUACGCAUGUGAAAUAUGUAAAAGGCAGUUUUCGAACAGUGGUUCUUUAUUUUCUCAUAAACGAGGACACACGGGAGAAAAAGCUUUUUCGUGUGAUGUUUGUAGUAAAUCGUUUUUUAGUGCGGCUGGUUUAAAAACGCAUAUAAGGAUACACACUGGCGAAAAGCCGUAUUCGUGCGAAAUCUGUAUGAAGCAGUUUGCGUAUUCUAACAGUCUGACCAUACACAAACGUAUGCAUACAGGCGAAAGGCCGUACUCGUGUGAGUUUUGUGAAAAACGGUUUAAGACUUCGGGUCGUUUAGGCGUACAUAGACGGAUCCAUACUGGCGAACGACCGUACUGGUGCGAGAUAUGUUAUCGAGAGUUUUCAGAUUCUGGACACUUUAAGUCACAUAAACGGACUCACACCGGCGAGAGGCCUCACUCGUGCAACGUAUGUGGAAAGCAGUUUUCGCGAUUAGAGCAUUUGCGUAUUCAUGAGCGAAUUCACACCGGCGAAAAGCCUUACUGUUGCGAGAUUUGCGACAAACGAUUUGCUUAUUCGCAAAAUUUGCGUAACCAUAAACAAACUCACAAGGCAAAAUCGUAUUUGUGCAAAAUAUGCAACGAAAAAUUUUCUCAACCGAUAGACUUUAAAAAGCAUAAAAGGAUUCACAAGAAGCGUGACUUUACUUGUGAGACAUGUAAGAAAUCGUUUACCCGCUUGGACUAUCUGGAGACGCAUAAACGUAUUCAUACUGGUGAGAAACCUUAUUCAUGCAAAAUUUGUGACAAACGGUUCGCCCAAAAAGGUCACAUGAAUUUACACACGCAAAUUCAUAGUGAUAAAAAGCCGUUCGCUUGUGGAAUAUGUAAUACGCGAUUCAAAGAUUACAGUUACUUGGUAAGACACCAACGAAUCCACACUGGCAUAAAACCCUAUUCUUGUGAAAUUUGUGGAAACAAGUUUUUGGACAAAAGCAGUUUGAUCACUCAUAAAAGAAUACACAGCGGUGAAAAACCGUAUACAUGCUACAUAUGCAAAAAAGCAUUUGCACAUGCAGGUACCUUAACUAUGCACAUACGACUCCACACCGGCGAAAAGCCUUUCACGUGCAAAGUUUGUAAAAAGCAGUUUUUAUGUUCGUCUGCUUUGUCUUCUCAUGAACGGACUCACACUGGUGAGAAACCAUAUUCGUGCGAAGAUUGUGACAGACGUUUUGCGCAUUCAUCUGCGCUUGUAGUACAUAUUAGGCGAAGUCACACUGGCGAAAAGCCCUAUAUUUGUGUAGAUUGCACCAGAAGCUUUGUGGAUGCAAGUGGUUUGCGUAAACAUCUCUGUACGGGCUUAUUACGGCAGACAAUCGCCGAACAGCCACCUCAGUCAGCCUACCAGCGCGGCGCGGUGCCGUCGAGCCGGCCGACUGCGGAUCCGCAAUCAGACAGCGACAGGGAAAAGGAGUUGCUGGUGAUGUCUGCGGCGGACAUCAUACACGGGAGUAAUGCUAUAGUCUGGCGCACCGCCGACGUCAGGAUGAGGAGCGACCAGUGCGCCUCUUUCGAGGUCGGCUUCGUCUUCAAGACUCUGGAGGCAGGGGAAUUUGCUACAGCUUUUAUUUAUUAA